AUGUCUCAUUCCCAGGCCAUGCCAGAAGCGAAAGACAAGCCUCGCGCUGUCGAUGCAGUCGUCGAGCAACAUAAGAUCUCGGAGACGGCAGCCGCCGAGGGCGAAAACGCCUCUGAGAUGUCGCAGCAGCGCUUGACCAACACACCAUUCCCGAAGGAGAGUGCAUCCGAGGCGGCGACGCCGCCGCCGCCACCGAGCCCCCUGAAGCUGGCCAGCAACCUGCAGGUGCCGCCAUUCGUCGCCCCGACUGGGAUGCGGUUCUCCACGGACGUCGACUUUGUGCCGAGCGGUGCGACUUCCGGCCUCAUGCACUUCACCGCGGCCGAGACUGCUACGGACACACGUGCCGCGACACCCACCGCGCUCGAAAGACGCCGCCGGGCCCCGUGA